UUCUCCAAUUGGAUGCGAAGUUUCAAAUGUUCCUUGUUCUAAAUGCUCGGGGAAAACCAAAAGGAGAAGAAUGCAGAGGGUACCGAUCUUUCCAACCGUAAAACGGAAGAUUUGGAAAACCGUAACAAAAAGGAAACGGUGAAGUUUUGCAAUAUCACAACUGCACAUUCUAAAUGUAGUAAUAACAAUGACUAUGACUCUCAAAUACUAAAAUCUAAAAUCAAAGCUGUAACGAGUCUUGUAAAGGAAUUAGAAGACAACAUACUGGAGGCAAAUCAAAAUGAUAAAAAAAUAUUUCUAAAAAUACAAACUGAUAGUAUGAAAAAUCAGAUAUUGUCUUCUCAGUUAGAAGAUGCCAAAAAGGAAAAUAAACAACUAAUGAACGUUUUACAGCAGAGAUAUGGCGACCAAACGUCGUCAAGAACAACGUCCCGUUCGAACAUGGAUUGUUCUUAUUCGACGGUUAGCAUGGUGAAUUUGCAAUAUAAAUACGAAGAACUUUUGGCUAACUACGAAGGUCUGUUGAAAGUCUUGGACACGAAAGGGAAGGAAAUAAAUAAAUGCCAUUCUGAAAACGAGGACCUGAGGAACCAGGUUAGAGAUACGUCAACGAGCUUAACUGAAUGCCAACAGGAAAUUAACAAAAUUUGUAAAAAGUAUUUGGUCUUGAAGCAACGGAAAGAUAGAAAAGUACGAGCGAAAUAAGUCAGA